GGACUAAUGGUGAUUAAUAUGCCAGGAAUUCCAAAUGGGAUUCCUCAUUCUAGUUCAGUAACAGGAUUGACGUUUGAUAUCCUGGGACACUGCCUCACGGAUCUGGCAAAGGAGGGAUUAAUUAGUGAAGUUCAGGUGGACUCCUUUAACGUGCCUAUUUAUGUUGCCUCACCCAAGGAGAUGACACAACUGGUGGAAAGAAAUGGGUGUUUUAGCAUUGAAAGAAUGGAGAUAAUACAACCUUGGGCAAGAGCUGGUGACCUUAGUAGCCAGGCAUUCACAAUGCACCUAAGAGCUGCCAUGGAGGGUAUAAUAAGCAAACAUUUUGGAACUGAUAUUAUUGAUGAACUAUUUGAUCGAUACUGUAAGAAACAUGGAGAGUUUAUCGGCCUGUUGGAGUCAAAAUGCAAUGAAGGAAAUCAACUGUUUAUUGUUUUGAAACGCAUAUGAUGCGGCUUUGGAAGCACACAUAAGACUUCUUAUUGUCACAAAUUUGCAUAUGCAUCAGCAGAAAGUUUAUUUCUUUGUCACAAAGAAACUUUAAUAUUAACUACAAAUAAAGGUCCAUAACAAUAGGGACUUAACCAUUUUUUUUUUUUAGGAUUAGUGCCCUUAAAUACUAUUAUAUGAUGCUAGGUAUGAAAUUAUGUAUGACUUAAUGCUGUGA